GCAGGGCCACGAGUAAGAGAAAUAUUUCGACAAUUCCCCGAUCCUGGGACAGACGACGAUAUAGCUAAAGCAGAGGAACUUCUUACGGCGUAUUUCGAGCCACAAAAGAAUCGUUUAUAUGAGGUAUAUAAAUUCCGACAAGCAAAACAAGGCGUGUCCGAAACAAUUGAUCAAUUUCAUACAAGACUACAUUCCAUAUCAAAGAACUGUGAGUUUUCUGACGUUGACUUUGAAAUAAUGGUACAAAUCGUAAUCGGGGGAAAGUCUAGCCGUGUACGUAAACAAGCUUUACGCGACCCGAAAUAUUCCUUAAAAGAUUUAUUGCUCGGCGCGAAGAAACAAGCAAAACACAAGCAGCGGAUAUCGAAGGGAAUUUAG